AUGCCUACAGCUCGGGCUACUCGCACGCGCAACGAGAACGACGAGAAUAGCGGCACGACGCGUCUCACAAGAGCCCAGGCUGCUGCUCUCAAGGUUGACGAGCUAUCAAUGCCUACUAAAGCUGCUCUGCAAACGAAGAAGUCCACAGUUAACGGUACUACCGCUGCGAACACGCGGAAACGCGCUGCAUUGGGCGAUGUCAGCAAUGUUGGAAAGGCUGAUGGUGUUACUGGAAAGAAGGCAAAGGGAUUGGUCUCAAAGGCUGCUCAGCCCACCGGUAUAGAGAAGAAGACCGCGCGACCCACAAGACCUGCUCUCAGUUCCCAGACUACGAACUCCAAGCCUACUCAGUCCGGAUCUGGCACAAUCAACAACAAGCGAAAGGUCCUCGCAGACACCAAACCAAAGGCCGUUGUCAAGAAAAAUGAGCCAUCAUCCAAGGAGCCUGAACUGACUGAAGAGAAUGAGCGGUCAGAGACGCCCGAAGAGACUGAGGUUGAAAAACCUGAAGUCUCUGUUGAGAAGACCGAAGUCCAGGACGCGCCUUUCAAGUACCCACCCGGUGUCAACAACUUGGACGACGAGGAUCUUGAGGAUCCUCUCAUGGUUGCCGAAUACGCCAACGAUAUCUUCGAAUACCUCCGCGACCUUGAGUGCAAGUCGAUUCCCAACCCUCAAUAUAUGUCUCACCAAGACGACCUCGAGUGGAAGACGCGUGGUAUCCUGGUUGACUGGCUGAUUGAAGUGCACACGCGUUUCCAUCUGCUUCCCGAAACUCUCUUCCUUGCCAUUAACAUUAUCGAUCGAUUCUUGUCGGAGAAGGUUGUUCAGCUUGACCGUUUCCAGCUCGUGGGUAUCACUGCUAUGUUCAUCGCGUCCAAGUACGAAGAGGUCCUCUCUCCUCAUGUCGAGAACUUCAAGCGUAUUGCCGAUGAUGGUUUCAGUGAGGCUGAGAUUCUCAGCGCUGAGCGAUUUGUCCUCAGCACACUCAACUAUGAUCUAAGCUACCCCAACCCCAUGAACUUCCUCCGCCGAGUCUCCAAGGCCGACAAUUAUGACAUCCAGUCUCGUACCAUCGGAAAGUACUUGAUGGAGAUUAGCCUCUUGGACCAUCGAUUUAUGGCCUACAGACCGAGUCACGUCGCUGCUGGUGCCAUGUACUUGGCGCGACUAAUGCUUGACCGCGGUGAAUGGGAUGCCACCCUAUCUUACUAUGCGGGUUACACUGAAGAUGAGGUCGAGCCCGUCGUCCACCUCAUGGUCGACUACCUUGCUCGCCCUGUUGCGCAUGAGGCAUUUGACAAGAAGUAUGCUGCCAAGAAGUUUUUGAGGGCCUCACUCCUCGCUCGCCAAUGGGCCAAGAAGAAUGCUGUUCUUUUCGGCAUUACCGAUGUUGAACUGAGUCUUGACCAAAUAUCAUAG